AUGAGACUGAUCCCAGUAGCUAAAGGUACUCGCAGAGUUCCAUUUCAUGUCCGGAAAGAUCUUGAGGAACAAUUGGCACGUGAUGAACAACUUGGAAUCAUUGAGAAAAUAGAUGGACCAACACCGUGGGUAUCGCCAGUUGUUGUAGUCCCCAAGAAAACACCAGGAAAAGUUAGAGUGUGUGUUGAUAUGCGGCAACCAAACACUGCUAUUAAAAGAGAACGACACAUAAUUCCAACCAUUAGUGAAAUAAUACAUGAGCUAAACGGAGCUACAGUUUUCAGUAAGUUGGACCUGAACCAAGGAUAUAACCGGAUAGAACUAGCACCGGAAUCUCGAUACAUCACAUGUUUUUAA